AAAGAAGGAAAAGAGGGUAAGUAAGAGGCACCAACUACUGAAAUUAGCAUAAAGAAAACGAAAGAGUGAUAAAUGAAAACAUAAACUUCAAAUUCUGUAGCAACAAAAUUUAUAGCCAAGCAAAAUCAAAAGAUGGAAAACAAUUCAAAAACUGUGCCCAUUAAAAGAUAAAGAGGUCUUUAAACUCUUAUCCAUUCCUGUCCACAACUUUUGAUACACGGAUUAAAGGCUCAGACGAUGGGGGUAGAGGUAGUGAUUCAUCUUCGUUCUUGGACAAUCCCAUCAGUGGCACUUAGCUGUAGCUCUCAUCAACUCAACAAACUCCAAACUCUGAAACCGGUCAAGUGUGGCCUCCUCCAGCAAUGGCCGAAGCCGAGGAAGAGGACUAGAAUGCCACCACCACCACCACCAACAACAUGUCGUACAAGAGUGAGACCUGUAUCAGCCGCAGCUCUUCCGCAGCCUCAGCAACCACUGGACCUGACCGAGGACAACGUGAGGCAUGUUCUGGCCGAAGCCCGAGUCGAGCUUUCGCAGCUCUUUGACGAUUCAGUUGGCAUUACAGGGCAAGUUGAUCUGGCUGAAUUGGAUGGACCCUUUGUGAAGAUUAGUCUCAAGGGUCGGUUUUGGCAUAAACGUAGCACUGUUGUUGCUAGACUGGGUAAUUAUCUCAAGCAGAGAAUUCCUGAAAUCUUGGAGGUAGAUAUAGAAGAUGAGAAACAAUUGGAUGACAGUCCCGCAAGCUUCUGAUAAGUACUUCUUUCGUCACAGUUUACUGUAAUUCUUUUUUAAUAAAUUUUACUUCUUCAUGAACUUUCACUAUUGGAAUUUGGAAUGAAUCAUGUUCAUUUUUCUCUGUUCUUGCUGUUAAAAUUUUGAUAGUAAUGGUUGAAAUAGAAAGUACGAAAUUACCAAAGCACUGGAAAAA